AUGAAUUUGACGUAUGUGGCCGAGUUGGUGGUGAGGCAAUGCUCAUAUCGCCCAUCUGCCGCGCCAAUCUCUGCUCAUCCGAUCCUCUACGUUGCGACGGGGGUCCGUUGGGUGGGUACCCGUAUGGAUCGCCUGGAGGUGGUCUGCGUUGAGGCGGAGGUCGGCCCAUUUGAGCACCUCGAGGUGGCGGUCCGCGACUACCAGAUGGCGGACCUCUUCCUGCGCCUGGAGGCGGUGCUUUUCCAUAUUCUCCUCCGCCGCCGCCCCCUCGAGAUCGGCUUGAGGAUCCAGGKGGKGGGCCACCAGGCCCUCCAUAAGCUCCACGAGAAGGAGGUGGACGAGACCUUGGUUGUCCUGGACGUGAUCCUCCGCCAUAGUCAGGACCUCCUCCACCAUAACCAUCAUAUGCAGGUCCACCUUGACCAUAACCUCCAGGUGCCUGCGAUCGGGGGCCCGGUGCGGGGGGAGGACCUCUCGGAGGAGGCAUUCGUUGCUGGGGCGUAUGAAGACGACCGUCGCGCACGAGAGUUGUUCCACUAUUUUCAACCAGACAACCCGGCUCUGCUCCCCGCCGGCCAUCGUGACGCUGGAUUGACGAACCCCCCCUCGAGCCCGACAAAAGCAAGCCCGAAUCUGGUUCUGACUGCGCUGACGCAGCUGGCCGCUAUUAAGUUAGGCGUACAGCGCGCUAUCAUCAGUUUGAUCGAUCGAGAAACACUGUACGUGGUAGCCGAAGCGUCCAAAUCGCUUCACUUGGGCAACAACGAUGUAUAUGAGGAUGACGGCGAUGGGCUAUGGAUGGGCUGUUCUCACGGCCCCGUUGCCGGAACGCUUUGCGAGAAAACGAUCACGUUGAAGCCCACACCAGAAGACAGAUACCCAUUAUUUGUUGUUAGAGACCUACGCCAACACCCAAUCUAUAAUAAUAUACCAUGCGUCUGUGGUCCUCCCUUCUUUCGUUAUUAUGCCGGUACUCCCUUGACGACGACCAACGGAAUCACUAUCGGCAGUCUGUACGUGAUUGACCCGCGCCCUGACAUUACAUUAACUCCGUCGCAUGUCGAAUCGUUAGGCACUAUAGCGGAUGCGGUAAUGGAGUAUUUGGAAACGUCACGGCAGUCCCUCGAAAGUCACCGUUUGGCCAAAGUACUUUCGGGGCUCAAUUCAUUUGUUCAAGGAGAUGAUGGAGAGGAUUCCCCAAUAGCUGCAGUCAAACAUGACAGCCUGUCUGACCGGGCUUCAUCCCACAUGUCCAGUCCACAGGAAUCACCAAAAGCGGAGGCUCACAAUUUUAAUCUUCACGCGACGAGUGACACCUCAUCAUUGCGAUCAGCGAGCCCGGAGCACAAUGCGGAUGUUACUGACAUCAUGCUUGAUUCUCCCCAUAGCUCCAAGUCGACCAACCCGGAGGUGCCGGCUCCGUUGUCUGCUAAGCGUAGAGCAAAAAAGACUCGCUCGACCUUUCAACGCGCUGCAAACCUUAUGAGGGAGAGCCUGGACUUAGGCCAGGAUGGUGGUGUUGUUAUUAUUGACUCCAGCGAGCACCCGGAGUCAGAUUCGCUGGAUGAUAUAGAUCGGGACAAAGAGCGCAAAUCAGCAAGUAUUUGCGCGUUGUCUACCAAAGGAUCUUUUGAAGACUCUUCGGCAUCUUCACAAUCGCUUAUUGCCCCGCAGUUGGACCUACAUUUUGUACGCCGAAUGGUGCGCCGUUAUCCUCGUGGUGGUCUUUGGUACUUCUAUCAGGAUGGGACGGCUUUUUCGUCAGAUGACGAUGCAGUCAGCUCUGGGAGUGAAAUUGCUGUCUCAAACUCAACCACUCGGUCCCAACAGUCUGUACACCCUCAGUCAGUCGGAACUCUACGCGAAAAGGAUUUGCAAACUUUAAGGAAAUACUUUCCACGCGCGACUAGAAUCGUUUUCGCACCUCUUUGGGAUUCUUUCAAUUCUCGAUGGUUUGGAGGUUGCUUCGGAUGGAGUGCUGUCGAGACACGCGUUUUCAGUGCGCAUGUUGAACUCGGCGGUGUCUUUGGAUUUGGCUCGUCUUUGAUGGUGGAACAUAGUCGUGCGCAGAGUCAAGAAUCUGACAAGAAGAAGGGUGAUUUCAUUAGUAGCAUAUCACACGAAUUGCGAAGUCCUCUACAUGGGAUUCUAGCGGCUACGGAUUUUUUAUCGGAGCACGUUGACUCCAAAUUUGCAAAGAGCUUGCUGGAUACAGUUCGAGCCUGUGGUCAAACGCUUUUGGAUACAUUCGAGCAGAUUCUUGAUUACUCCAAAAUCAAUUCUCUUGAUAUGAAGCGCCAGUUAUAUUCGUCUCGCUUACGUGAACGUGGGCGCAAUGAAAAAUCCCGAAUUGAGUCACUUAGAUUACUCAAGGUUGUCCACGUUGCGGCAGUCGUCGAGGACGUGAUUGAAAGUGUCUACUCGGGUUAUAUCUUCUCCAACAACUUAGCUUCCAGAGUAUGGCAAUUGGAACCUGGCGACGAACAUAACCAGAAUUCAGAUGGCCGUAAUAUCAGUCCAAUUGACAUAUUAAUUGAUGUUGCACCACAUAAUUGGGAGUUCAUGAUAGAACCUGGUGCUCUACGACGUAUCAUCAUGAACGUCUUUGGAAAUGCGCUCAAGUACACCCGAGAGGGCUUCGUGUCUGUGAGAGUAGAUCUCCAAAAGAAGAGCGCGGGCACGGAUUCUACGUCGUCGGAUAACUCAGAAUCGGAAGUACUCGUGUUGACAGUUUCUGACACUGGAAAAGGCAUCUCAAGCGAAUACCUUCAUACAAAUAUCUUCACUCCAUUCUCUCAGGAAGAUACCUUGUCACCCGGGACUGGACUUGGCCUUUCACUGGUCCGCAGCAUUCUUCGGUCACUCAACGGUACCAUCAAAAUCAAGAGUCAGGUUGGCGCAGGGACUGUUGUUAAAAUAUCCUUGCCACUUGUAGUUCUACAUGAGAGUAAUCGGCAGCCGGACACUCAACCUGCCUCCAGAAUCCGUGCACCGCACAUCUCUGAUACAGUUGAGCCAAGUGUUUCAAAGUCGUAUUCCGUGACUCUAACAGAUGUUUCCAAAUCCGUACAAGGAUCGGAAAUUGCUGUCAAGGAAGCCCCAGACACUGGCAUUCGGAUCCUAUUGGUAGAAGAUAAUCCUAUCAACAUGGCCCUUCUCAAGAAGUUCGUGCAUCGAAAGUCGCCCAGGGUACUGCACACCGCCGUCAAUGGGAAGAUUGCCGUGGAACGAGUACAGCAGACGACAGAGGACUAUCACUAUAUCUUUAUGGACAUGAGCAUGCCUGUGAUGGAUGGAUUUGAAGCAACACAGGCUAUCCGAUCUAUUGAGCGUAGUCGAGGCACAACAAAUCCCGCUACAAUAAUUGCACUCACCGGUCUGGGGUCUAGUGAACACCUUGCAAAAGCCUUUGCGGCGGGCAUUAAUGUGUUUCUCACCAAACCGUUUUCCUUUAAUGAUAUUGCACGACUAAUGGAUGAACGAAAUAUACACGCCAAUUGA